GAAUUGGUCAAAGAAUUCACUAGACUUCUAGAAGAUACAACAGAAUGUCCAAGAGGCUAGAUUCCUUGAAUACAAAGAAGCCAGCCACAGGCCCCAAGCCAACUUUGAAGUUCAAACCAAAGGCGGUGGCAAGAAAAAGUAAGGAAGAAAGAGAUCGAGAUGCUCCAACAGUGAAACAAGAACCAACACCUAGACCAGCUAGGGGACGUGGUAAUCUUAGAGGUAGAGGAAGAGGUGGAAGAAACAAUUAUGCCGGUACCCACGUUGUCCUGUCUGGGCCGUUAUCGUCAGGAACUGUUUCUAUAGGUAAUACAGGAGCAUCAAAAACUGGUUUCACUCAAGAUCGAGUUUAUAAUUCUGUAUCACCUACACCAGAUUUCUUACAGAAUUUGAAACUCAAAAGUGAAAAACCACAAUCCAAAUUAAAGGAAGGUUUCAGAGAAGAGGAUGAAUCCGAUGAUGAUGAUCCCACCAAGAUUAAUAUGAAUAGAGAAUAUAGAUACGCAGAUGAAGAAACCAUUUUAUUCCCAGUGAGACCUAGUAGGGUUGAAGUGAGUGAGUCUGCAGAAUCGACUCCUGCUCCAGAUAAUACUCCUGCUCCAGAAUCAAAGGAAGCUACACCCGGGGUAGAUGUCAUCCUUCCUUCAAGAGAGACUACAGUCAAGAGUGAGCCUCUAGAAGAAAAACUUCAACAAAUCAGAGCACAUAAAGCUGAUCUUGAAAGCAAGAUAGCAGAACCGGUUGAUAUAUUAGAUAGAGAGGAGCAUGAUAAGAUGAUUGAUGAUCAUCAACAUAUAUUAAACUUGGUCACUGAUAAAUUUGAUGCAUUAUCAACUAAUGAAGAAAAUCAACCAAUUGCAACCGCAUCCGAUGAUAAAUUUGUUUUAUUGCAUUUGCCAAAAGUAUUACCCGAGUAUGAAUUGCCUUCACACAAUACUGAUGCUAUUGAUAUAGAUGCACCCCAAGAUGAUCAAAAUGGGAAAAAUAAACCCCAAGAAUUGAGUGUUUUUGCAUCUGAAAAUCCCGGUCUUCAGGGACUCAUUGGUCACUUGAACAUUCAUAAGUCGGGUAAAAUUUCCAUCAACUUGGGUAAUGACAAUAACUUGUCAGUCUCUCAAGGGGUAGACUCUAACUUCCUACAAGAACUAAUCAUCUUGGACAUGGAUGAAGAAAAGCCAAACAAUAAUCAAGAAGACGUUGAAAUGGAAACUGAUCAAGUCAAACCAGAAGGCAGCUUGUAUCGCUUAGGCCAGAUAGAAGGAAAGAUUGUUGCCACUCCCUCAUUCUCGUAAAUCACCUUCUUUCGAACUAUAUAAUUGCAUAAAUUAAGUACUUGUAAACUAUCUAAUGAUUAUAAUACGA